AUGCAAUCAGCGACGCCGGAGAAGUAAGUUUUUAUCGCUUUAUUGUACUGCCUUGGGAUUUAGGACAUUUUCUUUCCAAAAUGAUAGGUAUGAAGAUCAAUACCCGCUGACUUUGCUCUUGAUGGCUAGUUUAAUAUAAAUGAUGCCGAAUUUUGCCAAGAUUUUUUGCCAUACGAUUUGAAGUGGCAGAGUGAACUUUUUAAAUGUCUGUGCAGGUCGUGGCGACCUUAAACUACGAAAUAAUUUUAUUGGAAUGCUCGAGGGCUUAUGGGUGUUAUCACUUUGAGAGUCCCCAAAGGGCCCCGCGUUUCGCUUUUUGUCCGGAUUUUUUCUAUUCCGAAAACAGAAAUUUGAUUAUGAACUUGAACAAUGUUCUUUAUUCUUUGAAACGCCCCGAAUUAUCAUAGCCCCAUGGCUUUUAUAACCGGGAAAUGGAUGUUUUAGGUGACAAAGUGGAGUUAUUUAAUGUUUACGAUGGAAUUUCAUCUGUUUUACGGGGACUAGAAGUUGAUAUACGUUUUCUUCGCUUUAGGUGUUUUGGUAGAGAGUUUUUUUCUAUUAUUAUUUUUAUUUAUUUACCUUUUUGACCUUAUUUUAGGCAAUAAAUCAGACUUUUUUGUUUGUAUUUAAUUUUUGAUAUUAUAUUGAAUUAAUGAGUUCUCUGUUUCAGAUGUGAAGACCCUCUUGUCCCAAUGAACCCCCAAAUGAUAGCCGAAACCUCAGCGCAAGCUUUGAAGGAAGAUAUUUGCCAAAUAACCCACCCAUCUCCUAUACUAAAACAGAAGACCAAGCGAGUCGGUGCAUCCUUCAAUGCCGUUGGAUGUCUGAAAUACGUCGAGGACUUUGAGAUCCUGGAGACGCUAGGUCGCGGUUUCUUUGGAGUUGCUUAUAAGGUAAGGCUUUGACAUCAAAUUGUACUGUUCAUCACCUAGGUCCGAGAAAAACGUCAAAGUGAUGGGAAAUCGGGGCCAACUCCCGUCCUGGUGAUGAAGGAACCCCUCAUAACGAACUCUCAGAGCAGUGUGACGGCGAAGAAGAUUGUGUCCGAUGAGUAUUAUGUCCUCAGAAGUCUGAGGCAUCCGAAUAUUCUGAAGACGAGAGGAAUCUGUGUCCAACAAUGCGACUCGGAAUGGAAGUUGAAUUUGCUGGUUGACUUUUGCGACUCUGGAAGUCUUCAGCAGACGAUUUUGAACACGAGUAUUGACUUUGAUUGGUUUUAUCGAUGCCAUAUUGCACUAGACAUCUGCUCGGCCAUGGAUUUCGUCCAUCGGAAGGGAUUUAUGCACAGGGAUUUGACCAGUAUGGUGAGUAAUGUUAUGGAUAAAUAUCGAAAUUUUGUUUCGGCAAUUUUUGGGUAUCUUUUGACAUUUUUCAAAAAAUUUUUGAAUAAAAUCAAAAAAUGCGAAAAAAUAAUGUCCGAUUUUACAAAUAUUUUUUUACAGAAUAUUCUUUUGCAAUCUCAAUUCCGCUCCCAUCCGAAGGCAAUCGUCGCAGACUUUGGGCUCUCUUGUAAAAUCCCACAAAAAGGCGAAGUGAAACAACAAGUCGGAACUCAAAACUGGAUGGCCCCGGAGAUGCUCAUGGAACGAAUUUAUGAUGAGAAGGUAAGGCAGACCUCUAAAAGGCAUUCUAGAUAUUAGCAAGAGUAUUUUUUUGCGGUUUCCUUUUUUUGUCAUGUACAAUAUAAUGUUUGAAUUUUUUUACAAGGAAAGUACUUCUAUGGGGUGUGGGGUUGCAGGUCGAGAUAUAUAUCAAAAAAUUCGCAAAAAUUUUCUGAUUCAGAAUAUAUAAAAAUUAGCUGCCUAAUUUUGGUCUAUCAGCGAGUUUUAUCAAUAAAUGUUUUUCUCGAGGAAAAAAUCUGCGGCGACAAAAGCGCGCUCGGUCUCUUCCUUCGGAAGAGAGCGGUGUGGCCGAGUGGUUAGAGCGCUAGAUUGGGAAUCCGAAGGGAACGGGUUCGAUUCGUUUUGCCAUACUAGAACCCAUUUUUUACAUUGGAACUACUUCUAAGGUGUAGUUGUAAUCUAAUUUGAUAUUUUAAGGCUUGUCAAGGCCUCAGAAUUUAUUUUAGCACAAAACAAAAUUUUUUUAUUGGUAAAAACACGGUCAAAAAGACACUUGCAUGGUGUCGCGAGAAAACUUCUGAGGACAAAAACAUGUCAUCAGACCAAAAUUAGGCAGCUAAUUUUUAUAUAUUCUGAACCAGAAAAUUUUUGCGAAUUUUUUGAUAUAUAUCUCGACCUGUAACUCCACACCCCAUAGAAGUACUUUCCUUGUUAAACUAUUUUUUUAUUUCGUCUCAUUUCAGGCUGAUGUCUUCUCAUUUGGCAUCAUUUGCUGUCAGAUGAUUGCCCGUUUGGACGCGGAUCACGAUGCUGGGUUGUAUAGAACCCCUUCGUUUGGCUUGGAUUAUGUCCGUUUUACUGCUCAUUGCCCCUCCGACACCCCAUUGAGUCUCCUGAAAACUGCAUUUUUAUGUUGUUUGGUAAGUGAGAACAGCGUUUAUCUAGAGUUUCUUGAACUUGAAAGCAAGGAAAAGCGAUUUGUAACGGGAUUUUUUAUUUCUGCCUGAUUUUGUGGGAAAUUUUCGAUUUGUUUGGUGUUAAAAUGUGUUCUGUUGGUGAACUGUGUUGUCUGGGCUGCAUUUUAUGGCACUUUCUUUCAGUGGAACUCCGAAUCUCGCCCUUCAUUCAACGAACUCAGCCGUCGUCUCAAAGAAAUCCUCCGAACUGAUCUCCCAAAGCUCGCCGACACUUUUGCCGCCCAUUCCGCCGACCAAAUCCGCAUUGGCCGCUCCCAUUCCGACGCUGAGAUACGCCCUGUGGUCACCCCAAUGUUCUCGACGAGACGUUUCUUGUGCGAAGAGAACUCGAUCCCGGAAGGUGUUACAGUUUCCGUUGGAGGAAUGGAAACGGAUCCGCCGACACCGAUUGAUGAAAUUAAUCCCAUGACCAGUGAGGAUCUGGAUAGACGACUGAGGCAGCUCGCCAAGCAUGUAGCGGAAGAGGAUCCGGACUAUCAGGUAAGAAGAUGUUGUACUUGAGGGUAGAUGUGAGAUUUAUGAAAGUUAUGUUCAACAAAUUUGUUUUUGUUUACUGAGAUUCUAGAAAAAGCUUUGAGAUGAAGUAUAAAUUUGUUUUCAGGAAUCCUCAAUGAACCCUUUCUCGAAACACGACCGAUAUCGAUCAAUGAGAAAGAUCAAACCGGGAGAUUUGGCCUUCCUGACGAAAUUCGGCGCAAAGUCCGCGGACAAAACUCUGAAUGAGCCAAUACUGGAGACGGAGGAUGCUGAAUCAAUGGAUGAGAAACCCCCAUCGUCGAGAAAGACCAGCAUAAAGAGGUGCAGAUCUAUGCCUCAACUUUUAUUCACCCCAGCGACGGAGUGUAAUAGAAGUCCGCCACUGUUGAAAGUGUCAAAACGGUCGUUUACUCUCGGGUUAGGGGAACAGAGAGAGCUGCAAGGAAGAAUUACGAUGACUUUUAGGUAAGGGUUUGGGCUAUUUAUAUUGUUGUAGGAAAUUUUUGUAAUUUUUCCGAGUUUUGAUGAGUGUUCUUUGAUUUUUAAUGGUAAAUGAAGUCUGAUAUAACGUGUGAUCGUUUUCAGAGAUUACGACAUGAAAUUUACCAAGUCCACUUCAAAAUCGAGUCAUCUUCAAUCUGUAAACGAUGUGAAUAUUAGCGCCUCGGACGAUUCGAUUAACAAAGACCUCUUCCUUUUGGACAUUGAGCAAGCGGCUAGGGAUAAUGAAGCCUUAACGGACACACAGUCGGAUGAUUCGGUCUAUGGAUCGAGGGAAAACGGCCUAAAUGAAUAUAAAAUGGAUCUCAGCGAAAGAAUUUCGAAUAUUGAAGAGUCUGAUGAAGUGGAUAAAGGAUAUCAAGAGGUAAGAAGAAGAGCUUUACAAGGGGCUUGAUGGAUUAGACAAAAUUUGCUGUAUUUUGUGUGGAGUUAUGUUAUACGUGCUUUCAGGUACAAGAACAGCCAAUUCAGCCAAAUUCUCCAUACAAAAUGCCUCUUAAAUCAAAAUCCGUGACGUUUUGUGGUCCCAAAAGCCCUCAGAAAUCCCCGACCAAAUCCAAGAAGAACCCGAUCCGAAGACUUUCUUCGAAUCUCGAUACUUCUCAGUGCUCAAUCUGCUGA